GCCCCGACAAUACCAAUCAGUCGGCGGCGGAUUCUCUGGCGGAUAGAAACAAACAAACAUCUCAUUAGUCUUCAAGAAACUCCCGAUCAAAGCCUUCUUCUCCUCCGUCAGAGCGAGCUUCGAGACUCGCCAGCCAUGGCGAUCUCAUUACCUCUUCUAUUACUCCUUUCUUCGUUCUUGCUGUUAUUCCUUCUCCCCGUCCGAUCAUCACCGUCUUCAGAUGCGAUGGAGGAGCUGCUGAGAAGAGUGGAGAGCCAGCGAUCUCCUACUUCCGUCCAGGAAGCCGCUGCCAAAGCGCUUCUUGAGAGACUGCUCCCCAGCCAUGUAUCCAGCUUCAGCUUCAAGAUUGUUGGCAAGGAUGUUUGUGGAGUUUCCAGUUGCUUUAGGAUAAGUAAUAUCAAAAACUCCAGCAGCAAUGGGCCAGAGAUCAUGAUUGAAGGUACUACAGCAGUAGAGGUUGCAGCUGGUUUCCAUUGGUAUUUAAAAUAUUGGUGUGGUGUACAUGUAUCAUGGGACAAGACUGGUGGCAGUCAAGUGGGUUCAGUUCCUCAGCCAGGAUCACUUCCACCUGUAGAGGAUGAAGGCAUAAAUAUUAAACGCCCUGUUCCGUGGAACUACUAUCAAAAUGUUGUAACUUCAAGUUAUUCUUUUGUCUGGUGGGACUGGAAAAGAUGGGAAAGAGAGAUUGACUGGAUGGCUCUUCAAGGAAUUAACUUGCCUCUGGCAUUUACUGGUCAAGAAGCCAUUUGGAAAAAGGUUUUCAAGGAUUUUAAUGUGAGCAGUGAAGAUUUGAACAAUUUUUUUGGUGGGCCAGCCUUUCUUGCUUGGGCACGAAUGGGAAACUUGCAUGGAUGGGGUGGACCACUUUCUGAAGACUGGUUAGAUCAACAGUUGAUCCUACAGAAACAAAUUCUAACUCGAAUGAUACAGUUAGGAAUGACACCUGUGUUGCCAUCAUUCUCUGGAAAUGUUCCAGCUGCAUUUAAGGAUCUAUUUCCAUCAGCCAGUAUAACCAGGCUUGGGGAUUGGAACACUGUUUCUGGUGAUCCACGAUGGUGUUGUACAUAUCUUCUUGAUCCAUCUGAUUCAUUAUUUGUUGAAGUAGGAGAAGCUUUUAUCAAGCAACAGAUAAAAGAAUACGGGGAUAUAACUGACAUCUACAAUUGUGAUACAUUCAAUGAAAAUUCACCGCCAACAAAUGACCCGGCAUAUAUCUCAUCCCUUGGUGCUGCUGUUUAUGAAGCUAUGUCUAAAGGUGACAAUAAUGCAGUAUGGCUAAUGCAGGGUUGGUUAUUUUCAUCCGAUGCAACAUUUUGGAAGCCAGCUCAAAUGAAAGCACUUUUGCAUUCUGUACCUAUUGGAAAGAUGAUUGUUCUUGAUUUAUUUGCUGAUGUCAAACCCAUAUGGAAAAAGUCUUCUCAAUUUUAUGGUGUUCCCUAUGUCUGGUGUAUGCUACACAAUUUUGGUGGAAACAUUGAAAUGUACGGAAUACUUGAUGCAAUUUCAUCAGGUCCUAUUGAUGCCCGUGUCAGCAAAAAUUCAACCAUGGUUGGUGUUGGCAUGUGCAUGGAAGGAAUUGAGCAUAACCCUGUUGUCUAUGAGUUAAUGUCUGAAAUGGCAUUCCGUAGUCAGAGAGUUCUAGUUGAGGGAUGGUUAAAAAGCUACUCAUAUAGACGAUAUGGCCAAGCGAAUACCAAAAUGGAGGAAGCAUGGAAAAUUCUAUAUAGCACAAUUUACAAUUGUACUGAUGGAAUUGCAGAUCAUAACAAGGACUUCAUAGUUGAAUUUCCAGACUAUGGUCCGUACUUUGGAAGUCCACAAAUUUCUAAAGAAGACCCUUUUCACAAGCUUCAUGUAAAGAAGAGAAGAUUUGCUUUUAGGGAGAUUAAUUCUGACAGACCACAUCCACAUUUAUGGUAUUCAACUGAGGAAGUGAUUGGAGCACUGAAGUUAUUUCUUGAUGCAGGAAAUGAUAUUUCUGGAUGUCAUACAUAUAGAUAUGACCUGGUUGAUUUAACCAGACAAGUGCUAUCUAAAUUAGCAAAUGAAGUGUACUUAGAUGUUAUGAAGGCUUACAAGAAACAUGACGCUGAUGGACUGCUCAUCCAAAGCCAAAAGUUUCUGGAACUCAUUGAGGAUAUUGACACUCUAUUAGGUUCUGACGACAACUUCCUGUUGGGAACCUGGUUGGAAAGCGCAAAGGCACUUGCAUUAAGUGAGAAAGAUAGAAAGCUGUUUGAAUGGAAUGCAAGAACACAAAUAACCAUGUGGUAUGACACCGCGAAGUUCAAUCAGAGUAAACUUCAUGACUAUGCGAACAAAUUUUGGAGUGGACUACUGAAGAGCUAUUAUCUACCAAGAGCUUCCAUGUAUUUCAGCUAUCUAUCAACAAGUUUGAAAAAGAACACUUAUUUUCCUCUUGAGACAUGGAGAAGAGAAUGGAUUUCGUAUUCUAACAGUUGGCAAGCUGGGCAGGAACUGUAUACUGUGAAAGCCAAAGGGAAUGCUCUUGCCAUUGCAAAGACAUUGUUCAGUAAAUACAUAGGCUGAACUUUGCAGAGCUGAUCCUAAUUGUUUGGAUUUACAAGCAAUGUUUCUCAUAUAGUGGAUUUCAUUAUUAAAUUGCUUCUAUUUUUAAUCCCAAUCUGCAAGCAAAAUGAACAAGUGUUUUGCCAUAUGAAAAGGGGAAAUGUGUGCAUAUAACAGUGAGUGAGCUGAAGUUGUCCCAUUGUCUGUAUCAUGAAUUAGGUGCUAAAAUAAUUAGCAGAUCCUUUUGUUUAAUUUUUUGUAGUUUAUGUUUGUCUUGUAAACCCUAAAAAAUGAUUUUAUCCGGUUGGGUCUCAGCUUUAGUUACUCUAAAAUUAUGUUUAUCUGUUUUUUUUUUAUUAGAAGA